GCUAUCGGUUUUUGCAGGCGUCCUAGGAUCUUUCCAUCAUCCCACGAACUUCUCAGCCUUACAACCUCGAGAUCUCAAGAACUCAACAUCAAUCCUCUUCAGGGCGUAUUGGCCUGUCAUUCGGACGACAGAAUUCUCCAAGCCUUCAACUUUGCUAUCUAAUACCAAUAGCGGAGAGCCAUAAUAACCUCAGACUACAGACCUCAUCUACGAUCCUCAUCCUAACCCCCCUCUAUCCAUACACAAUACAAGAUGUCACGAUCCGCCGGAAGCGCAAGCCCUGGUGCGGAUCCGGAGCCAAAAUCUGAAGACGCGCGCAAGCCAAAGCAGCUCAGCGUCAAAAUCAAGAACCAGCAGGACAACGAGAUCGUCUUUAGGAUCAAGACCACAACAAGUUUUGGGAAGGUCUUCGAUAACUACUGCAGCCGUCAGGAGAUCGACCGCCGCUCUGUUCGUUUCUUCCUCGAUAAUAUUCGCAUUCAGGACGAUGAUACUGCUGCAGGGCUUGACAUGGAAGAUGGAGACGAAAUCCAGUGUCAUCUUGAACAACUUGGUGGUGAUGGCAGUCCUGCUGCUGAACGUGAAGGUGAACCGAAACCUGAGGACCAGGCGCCAACCCAGCUCAACGUCAAGGUGGUCGACCAGGAUGGCAACGACUUGUUCUUCAAGAUCAAGAAGCAUACCGCACUCAAGAAGGUCAUGGAUGCUUAUUUUGAUGGAUGCGUACGCACAGCAACACGGUAAAGCUCCUGACGCGCUUCGUUUCUACACUCCAGAAGGUGCUCGAGUCAUAGCCACCGAUACGCCCGACUCCCUUGAGUUGGAGGAUGAAGAUUCGAUUGAGGUCCACAUUGAGCAGCUGGGUGGCUCCAAAUGAAAUAUCCUGAGCGGUGUGAC